GAGAGAAGAAACUAGGUGUUGUGUUUCAGAUUCCUGUUGAAUUUAUCACUGUGGCAUAAAUCAAGGUACUCUCAAGAGGGACAUUUGGACAUUGAUUGAUUGCUGAUCAGAUCAAGCAUGGGUCGCUACCUCAGCACCAACUUGUGUUCAAGCUCUGCGAACAGGACUUUGAGAUCAUACUGCAAAAUUAGGUACCUAAUGGGCCUUCUUAGAAAGUACCCUCGUCUGGCCAAAGCACCACUCUGCAUGGACCUCCAUGGUUAUUCACUUGUAGCACCUCCUCAUCCACCCAGAUGUACAAGAAAAGCUACUUUUAAAAAUGUAAACCACAGUGAUACAGGCUCAACCCCACACCGCUUCCUCAGAGAUUUUACCAAAGAAGUGAAACAUCUCCACAUUGUUCGCUUUUACUCAUCCUCCAAUAGGGACGCAUUCAAAGCUGACGCUCCAAUUGGGAUCAUUGAUGAGGCUCAGAACAGUUUUCUUUUGAGUUCUCUUGGAGUACGUCUUGGUCAGUCAUUUAAUCGAUUGUCCAGACACAUUAAUGUUUAUUUCAAGGGAAAGGAAAUUGUACUCGCUGAAAAUGUCGGUCUUGUUGUCACAGCUCCUGAGUAUCUUGGUAGGUCACAGAGGCGUUAUCAAAGUCAGCGGGCAGCCAAAGAGAGAAAUGUAUCUGAGGGAAAAGACACAACACAGACCUUGAAAUGCAAAGAAGAACAGGAGAGCUCAGGAACAGGUCCUUUAAUCAAAGAAAUGUCUGGACUGCAGUUAUUUCACAUCAGCAACUUGGCGACAAAAUUUGGUGAGAGCUACAGUUACGUUGCUAAUCACAUCAACUCAGUCUUUUCUCCGGGUCUGACAAAAGUUCAAGUUCAGGAGAAUUUGGAAACCAUGUCCUCCACCAGAAGGACAAACAGGAGGCAAAACAGGAGAAAAAUGCAAAACAAUUAUGUUCUAAACGCUAAAGAAACUGAAAUAUCUCAAGUAAAGUCAGGUGGUAAUCAGGCAGUUGUGGAACCAAACAACAUCUCCAACACCUGGGAAGAGAGCUACCGUCAUUUUGCAAGACACAUCAAUACAUACUUUGGUGCCAAGGUUACAGAUGAAAUUAGCCAUCAGAAUAGGCGAGAGUCACUUCCCGUGGAAAAGAAAAACACUUACAAAAAUCACUCAACACAAUCUACCUCACAAGCUCAAGGUCCUACAUCACAAUGGAGUCAAGAAGAACCUACCGUCCCUGAAACUGGAGGCCUUUUCCACAGCAGCCGCAAUACCACUAACUUUGGGGAAAGCUACUUCCAAAUGUCCAGUCACAUCAAUCAGUAUUUCAAGGGUCAAAGUGCAUUUGAUGAGGGCAUUAGUAGAAAUCUGGACGAUGGAUCUGCUACCUCUGAAAGACUGAAGACUGUAUCUUUUAUAGACUGCCUUCGCCACCCCACAAGUGCCAUCCCUGACUUGCUUGGUGCUUUUCUAAAACUGGGUACCUUGCCCAAGACUAGUGAGCCAAAACCUUUCAGGAUUUCACCAGAGGCAAUAUUGAAUAAAAAGCUUGUCUUGAGUCGGAGGCAGGCUGAGGAAAUUAUUCUGCCGUUGAUCAGCAGUCUGGGACAGGCUUCAUCUCCAGAAGCUCUGACUGCCUGUGUGGAGGCCAUGAAUGAACACCUUAUCCGCUACCCUUCACGCAAAGCUUUAAUGUGGCAGGAGAAAGUUGCAGUAAAAUUGUUGAGACAGCGGCGAGCCUACAGAGAUAACCAGGCACUUCAGAAUGCUGUAAGAGAAAACUUGGCUCUAAUCGGCUAUGUGGAUCCAGUGAAAGGUCGUGGCAUUAGAGUGCUCUCAAUUGAUGGUGGUGGCACAAGAGGUGUGGUGCCUCUACAAGUGUUAAAGCUAUUGGAAGCUCAGACGGGCAAAAAGAUCCAUCAGCUUUUUGACUACAUCUGUGGAGUGAGCACAGGUGCUGUUCUAGCGUUCAUGCUGGGCCUCGCUCAGUUUUCUCUUGAAGAAUGUAGCGACAUGUAUCGUCGCUUUGGCUCUGAAGUGUUUCGGCAAAACCGUCUGGUUGGCACAAUGAAGAUGGGCUGGAGUCACUCUUACUAUAACACUGAGACAUGGGAGAAAAUACUACAAGAGAAGCUGGGCGAUCAAAUACUUAUUAAAACAGCCAGGGAUGAGUUUAGUCCCAAGGUUUCAGCAGUCAGUGCCGUGGUAAACUGGGGCACCAGUCCAAAGGCCUUUGUCUUCUGCAAUUACAACCACAAACCAGGCUCCCUCAGCCGCUACGCAGGAGGCUCUAGCUACCAGAUGUGGCAGGCAGUGCGAGCAUCUUCAGCUGCCCCAGGCUACUUUCAGGAGUUCACAUUACAAAGUGACAUUCACCAGGAUGGAGGAAUUUUACUUAAUAACCCCUGUGCCUUGGCUGUUCAUGAGAGCCGCCUGCUGUGGCCCAAUCAGCCCUUUCAGUGUGUGCUGUCCCUUGGCACUGGUCGCUAUGACAACGCUAAGAGAGGCCCUGCCACCUCCACCAGCUUGAGGGCCAAAAUCAGCAACCUGAUCUGCAGUGCCACUGACACUGAAGGAGUCCACACACUUUUGGAUGACCUGCUCGCCCCAGAUGUCUACUUCCGCUUCAACCCCAUGCUGAGUGCUGAGGUGUCCCUGGAUGAGAGCCGGCCAGGGGCCCUGGACCAGCUGCAAAGAGACACCCAGAUAUACUUGGAGAGAAACCGGCCCAAACUGGCAAGGCUCUGUUUGGUGCUCGGAGCAGAGCGACUAAGGUGA